AAAGUCAAGGGAAAGUCAAAGACUCGUUCCAACAGGGCUGGUCUUCAGUUCCCAGUUGGUCGAAUUCAUCGGCUUCUUCGCAAGGGAAACUACGCUGAACGUGUUGGUGCUGGAGCUCCAGUUUACUUGGCAGCUGUCAUGGAAUACUUGGCUGCUGAAGUUCUUGAAUUGGCAGGAAAUGCCGCGAGAGACAACAAAAAGACGAGAAUCAUCCCUCGUCAUCUUCAACUCGCCAUCAGAAACGACGAGGAAUUGAACAAACUGCUCUCUGGAGUCACUAUCGCCCAAGGUGGUGUAUUGCCUAACAUCCAAGCUGUUCUUUUGCCCAAGAAGACCGAGAAGAAAGCCUAAGUUCUAAAAUUUUAAUUUAACAAGCAAAUAACAAUCGGCCCUUUUAAGGGCCA